AACAUGUCAGAGCAAUCUUUUGUCGCUAUCAUCCCCACAAGUCUUGAAAGGGGAGCCCUUAUGAUCAAAAAGCAACCCCUCAAAACCCUCUCAAACGCAUCGCUUUUGUCUGCCACUUUGUGACUCUGAGUCUCCCAAAUAAACCACACCACACUGGUUUUUCAUGGAUUCUGGGCUUCAGCAUUUCUCAUUGCCCUUCUUCAUUCUUCUCUGCUGCCUCUUUCAAGCCACUGCCGAGGAUGGUAGCUGGAAGAUAGCCACCGCCACGCUCUCCAGAGACAAGGACGGCUCCUCCUCUGUCACCACUGGAGGCGCUUGUGGGUAUGGAGAUCUGAGGCAGAGCAGCUAUGGCGGGUACAGCGCAGGCCUGAGCGGGAAGCUGUUCAACAGGGGAAGCAGCUGCGGAGCUUGCCUGGAAGUGCGAUGCGUGAACCACAUAAGGUGGUGCCUUCAAGGCAGCCCCUCGGUGGUGGUCACAGCCACAGAUUUCUGUCCUCCCAAUUCAGGCCUUUCAUCCGAUUACGGAGGUUGGUGCAACUUCCCAAAGGAGCAUUUGGAACUAUCUCAUGCGGCCUUCACAGGGAUUGCAGAAACCAGAGCCGAGAUAAUACCUGUGCAGUAUAGGAGAGUCAAGUGUGGGCGGAGAGGCGGGUUGAGAUUCAGCUUGAACGGGAGCUCCCACUUCUUUCAGGUCUUGAUAAGCAAUGUAGGACUCGAUGGGGAAGUGGUGGGAGUGAAAGUGAAGGGGCAUACAACGGCUUGGAUUCCUAUGGCCCGAAACUGGGGUCAGAACUGGCACUCCUCGCUCGAUCUCAUCGGACAGUCUCUCUCUUUCGAAGUUACUCUCAUCGGCGGCAAAACCAUUGCCUCUUACGACGUGGCUCCCCCUUAUUGGCGCUUUGGAAUGACCUACCAAGGAAAGCAGUUCCUUUCGUGACUACCUCUCCUCUUUUCCUUUUCUUUAUAUAAAGUUAUGAUUCACUUUCGGUGGUCAAAACAAUGUGUGGCCUUUAUAUAAAUGACUUUAAAGACAUAGUAAUCACUUCAGUUCGAAGUAUAAAUGACUUUACCAUUGUUUUAUAUA